AUGCACUUCAUCGCUUUGACCGUCGCUGCCUUUUCUGCUGUGGCCCUUCAAGGUUGCAACAAGAACAAUAAGACCACUACUACCACUACUACUACGACCGCUCCGACUAUCACGCCUUCUGUGAUUACCACCGGUGGUCCCACUAAGAAGCCUAUUGUGAGCACUACCGCGGCCCCCACUAGUAACACCACGGUCACUCCUAGAAACACUACGGUCACGCCUAGUACCAAAGUUACCACAACCACUACUACAACUGCGGCUCCCACCAAGCACUCCUGUCUUUCCACUUCAUGCAAGAAUGAGGGCUAUCAAGGAAACUACUGCAUGAACGUCGAGAUGAUUGCUGGGAAACUACACGGUCACUGCUAUAACAACACACAGGUCGCGUGCGUCUGUGACGUGCCACUGCCUGUUACCGCCUCUCCCCCUGAUCCGUCUGUGCCAGCCGUGUCCUGCCUGCACUCCAAGUGCCCUGAUGAUUACUGUAUGAACUCGCGUCCUGGGUUCCCUGGUAACUGCCAUAAGAAGCGGGAGGUUGCAUGCAGCUGCAGUGAUCCUGAUGCUGGUAAGAUCAUCAAAGCCUUGAGAGGAUGA